AUGGCUGAAGAAACCGACAUUUCUGCUCGCCUAGCGUCGCGUGCGACAGAGUUCUCUCAAGAGAUUUUCAAUGCACUUAACAAGGGAUGCUUGAAACCUGCCGACUUGGGUAGUUUCUGCGCAGCUCUCAACGUCGCCACCAAACUCCAUGUAAUCAGUGAAUUUCUUAGAUCUCUUCCGCCUUAUUGGAUUGAGCUUGAUAUCGAGCAACUUUGCCACAAGAUUCUACAUAGCCUAGAUGUCAUUUCUCGGCUAACGACGGGACCAACGCGUUCAUCUCCAUUCAAGCGGACAUAUUUUACAGAUGCAGAGACAAAACUUGUCUAUUUUUUCAAGACGCAGACGAAAAAAAGCCAAGAAGUCGCGAGCGAUUGUAUCAGCCUCAUCGACAAGCUGACCAAGGGCGAAGACGACGUAAAAGGACUUCCCAAAGGCGUGACUCAAAAUCUGGACACACCGGACACAUCUUUGGACAGCCUCAAUAAUGAAGCUUUCAAUGCUCUCCAAUCAAUCGCCGAUCAACCAAGCAGCCCCUCGGAUGAUGACCAGCUUUUGUGUAGAGGAGGGUUCUGCCAUAUCAUCGAUCAACAGAUCUAUGCUAUCAUUCCUCUCUCAUUCAAAGACGGUCAAGGUCUCUUCCGACUCAACCAAUCGCAAGUCCUACGCCAAAUCUUUCAGGCCGGGGACGGAGAACCUCUAAAGAGGGUCUUACGCCAUUACAGCCUCGAGCCGAAAGAUAAAGUAACCCUUUCAUAUGCCCUAGCACGAUCAUUCUGGAAGUACUAUAAUUCAGAACUACUAAUGCGGACUAAGUGGACUAGCGACAAUAUCUGGUUCAUGCCUGAGGAGGGCAACAGGGGCAAUAACGAGCAAAUGCCACUAUGCGCCUACCUGUCAUUUCCUUCCGGCAAUUAUGGCGUGAUCGAUCCUGGUAUUCCAGACAAGAGUCAGCUGACGCAUAAAUAUCCUCAGAUAUUUGACAUGGGCGUAUUACUCCUAGAAAUCGGCCUCUCCAAGCCUUUCCAAACCCUAAGUCGUCAAAAUCAAGUCUCACAGGCAAACUUUAACCACAAGAGGGCACUCGAUGAGCUGGACGAGCUUGAAAAGAUGAACCGGGAUGGCUUCAUGAGCAACAAGAAGUAUUUUGAUGGUGUUGUGAAGUUCUGUCUCAAAAGCGAGGGCAUCAUUCCUUCAUCGGGACAACAGAAACUCAAUGGGAAAGAAGACAUCAUUAUACGGAGAAGGUUCCACGAAAAUGUGGUCCGCCCACUUGCAUGGCUAGCAAAAAAGGGGUUCAGAGCGCAAGCUGAGAAGAUUAACUAUGUCAACAAGAAGCUUCAUUCUCCCCCACGAGGAAUAUCACAUGACGAGCCUCGGAAACUGGAACCAGAAGCAAAAUUCCACAGCGCGACUGUAGUUCCUCAGAUGUGGCUAAGCAACCUAAAGAGAAUUAGUGAGCUGGUAGAGCACAAACGACGUGAGUGUGGAGUUACAGCUGAGAUACGUGUUGCCAUUCUGGAUACGGGUUUGGAUAGAGAAUUUCCUUCCUUUCAAGCCAAGAGCAGAAUGAUGAAAAGCAUCAUCGAGGAAAGAGAUUUUGUUAAUCCUGACGCUCUAACCAUGACGGAUACUUUUGGGCAUGGAACCUUGAUGGCAAGGCUCAUUAUGGAGUGUGCUCCCGGAGCAGGUAUUAUGGUUGCGCGUGUUGCCAAAAACACUGAUGACCUUGAGAGCAGUCGAGAAAAUAUCAAAAAGGCCAUCCUCUGGGCCGGACAGACCGGCAAAGCCGACAUUAUCUUCAUGUCUUUUGGCUUCCCUUACGAUGACCCAGGGAUGCGCGAGGCUAUCGAGAAGGUACAGAAGGACCGCCAAGAAGAUAUAAUUUUUCUAGCUAGUGCUGGGAACUCGUCUACAGACGAUGAGAGUUUCCCUGCCCGCCACCCUGCUGUGAUAUCGGUCUUCGCUACGAACUGCAACGGCAUCUUUCUGCAAUCAAACGCAAGAAGUUCUACCAACGGCGCCGCCGUGCUCGGCACAUUCGGCGACGACAUUCCGAGCUCAAUCAAAGAAGAAUUCAGUAAUACAUACCCCAAGGUGUGCGAGUCCGGGUCCUCAGUCGCCACGGCAAUAAUGGCGGGCAUAAGUGCCACGAUGCUCAUAUAUACCACGAUGUUGCCUUCGUUGGUUUCGCUGCAAGGGAAGGCGGCUAGCACAUCGGACAAUAUGCUACCACGACUCCGGACUACCAAAGGCAUGGAGGCAGCGCUGGAUCGACUAGCACCAGAAGAUAAGGAUCAUCCACGGCGUAGGGCUGUUAACCCGAUCUGGUUCUGGAAGAAAUCGUCUGAUCUUGCUCGAUAUGCGGCUAUUUUUGAUACCUUGUCGAACCUUGACAAAAGAUUGUGA